AUGCAUUUAUUAAGUGAUCAUGAUGAUUCAGAUGAUUUAGAUAAAAUCGUUAUUAAUGAAGCAUAUGCUCGACGAUAUCAACAUAAUAAAGCUCGUGAAGAACUUCAUCGGUUGAAAGACAAGUAUGGUAGUGACUUUGAAAAUACGGAAAGCUCAGAGACAGAGGAUGAAAUAGGCGAUCUUGCAACUCCUUCUAUGAAUGCGGCUAUUUUGGAGACGAUUUUGAAAAUACGUAAUAAAGAUCCGGACAUUUAUAAAUCAGAUGUGAAUUUUUAUGAAAAUGUGGAGGAUGAGUUAAUUAUUAAAGAAAAAUCUAAACCUUUUCGUUUAAAUGAUUAUCAUCGUCAACAACUUUUAGAUUCUUCUAAAAAUGGAAUGGAGGAGGAGAAGAAAUUGGAUGUUUCUGACCCAACAUAUGUAGAAGAACAGCGUAUGUUAAAAGAGGAAAUAUUGACUGUCUUUCACGGGGAAACACAUGAUGAUGAAUUUCUGACACUUCGUAAAAAGAGUCUACAGGAGCAGGAGGAGGAAGAUAAAGCGUAUAAGGAUUUUUUAAUGGAAAAAGUGGAGGAUAAAGUGAGAAAGAAAAUUUUACAGCAAUGGAUUAAUGUUAGUAAUAAACCGCUCGAUGAAUCAAAUGAAAAGUCGUCAAAAGACACUCGAGAUGAGAAUUUUUUGUUUAGUUAUGUUCUUAAUCGAGGGUGGAUUGAUAAAAAUGCGAAUCGUGUUGCUUCUUAUGAUGAAGUUAUUAAGGGACUUGAAUCUGAUGAAUCAUUUGAUGAAAAGGUAGAUGAGUUUGAAGCUAAAUAUAACUUUCGUUUUGAAGAAGAAGAUUCAAAUCAAAUUUCAAGUUAUUCUAGAGAUAUUCUAUCUGUACGUCGAAAAAAUGAGAAAAGAAAACAUUUACGUGAAAAAAAGAAUCAAUUAAAACGUAUAGAGAAAUUAAAAAAAGAAGAAGAAAUAUUCCGUCUUAAAAAUUUAAAAAGAAAGGAAUUAAUGGAGAAGUUAAAUAAAAUUGCACAAGUAACAGGUGACUCUACUCUUAAGUUUGAAGAUAUUGAUAUUGAGGGAGACUUUGAUCCUGAUAAAUGGUCUGCUCGUAUGGAUAAAAUUUUUAAUGAAGCAUAUUAUAGCAAAAAAGAAAAGAAACCUGUUUUUGAGGAUGAUACAGAUAUAGAAUGUAUUGAUUCUGAUUAUGGAGAAUCUUUGAAAAAUUAUUCUGACGUUGAGAUUAAUUCGACAAAUUCUCAGAAAAAUCAGAUGAAAUCUAAAAAAAAUAUUUCAGCUGUUAAGUUAUCAAAAAAAGAAAAAGAAGAUAGGAAAAGAAAACUUGAUUUUAUGUUGGGUCAACAUUAUAAUGUUAAUAUUAAAAAGAGUGGUACAUUUAAAUAUAAUAAGGUUGAUCCUUAUAUUUUUGGACUUAAUCAUGCGGAUAUUUUAUACGCAAAUGAUGCAGAGUUAAAUGAAUUUGUAAGUCUUAAAAAACUUACUCCGUAUAGAAAUAAGAAAUUACAAGAAAAGGAUAAGAAAAAGUAUGGGAAAAAAAAGCGUCUUAAAGAAUGGAGAAAGAAGGUUUGGGGGGAAUAUUUGGAUAAUCAAGAUAUUGUUGAAAAGAGUAAUACGAAUAUGUUUAAUGAUAAAAAAGAUAUAUAG